AGGCUCCUCGUGCGUUGAAGACCCACAAGAAGAUAGCCAGUGACGCACCAAAAACACUCUCUCUCAGUGUUGGACGUGAAUCACCAGGUCUGCUUUAUUUGCAUAUUGACGGAUCACGAAAGCAGUUUUUGUAUACGAGUCAUUGAUGCGCUGCAUCAACAGAAAGUAUCAGGAGUAGAAGCAAAAAGGGAUUUGAUAACUGGCCGCAAUGAUGGCGACUGGUGUUCCCCAGGGAUCGAUCAUUGGACCUCCACCGCCUGGACUGGCAUUUCAACUGGACGAGUGGGUACCUUGUGAUGUAUACCUUGGUUUUACGAAGCAACAAGAGGUUGACACGACGACAAAUGGCGAUUUUACCAGGGUUGUCGCUAGGUUACAACGACGCCAUGAACGGGAGGCAGGCCGUAAUGUAGCUCAUGUAAGGAAUGAGGUGUAUGUUAAAGUGGUCACAUCCGGGUUCACAGUGCGAAUCAUGGCGCCCAUGACAAACAGGCUCGCCGAAGACGAAGUCCGCGAGGGUACCCGAGAAUUCUUCGAGACUGUCCGGAUAGCGAGGUGUUCCACAAACCAUGAGCCGUGCCCUCCGGCCCUCGUCUGGGUCUACAACCGUCCGCCUCCCAGCGGCUUCACCGGGGACGGUACGUUGGAGUGUCACGGUGUGGUGUGCCGGGACGUACGAGAUGCUACUCGCCUGGUCAACACGAUGGUCACGGCGUUUUAUACGAUGAAGCAGUUGCAAUCGGUCGGUAAUGCCUCUGGUGGGGGUGCAGUAGGCAGCUUACCCUUUGAGGGUUCGGGAGGCGCCUCACUAGUCACACCGUUAGACGAACCGCCUGCUUACCGACCACCAAGCCAGAUUUUGGAGCCCUUGCCUCGGCGAAUCCGGCUCCGAGACCAGCCGCAAAUUCUACAAAUCGCCAGUGUUCGGCACCCUGUCGACGGUGAAGAAGAAAGUGAUGACUAUGAACUGGAAUUAUCUCCGCGAGCACCUGGGCAGAGGAGCGUGAGCCCAAGGGGCGUCACGCCGCGAAACACGGCAGGGACGUCGGUCAGUAACCCCAUGAGUUCGGACAACUGCUCAUCACCUCGCAGUAACAGCCAGGCCAAUAUGAGGAAUUCUACUGUUUCUCUCCAUUCCACCAUCUCCGCAUCGGAGAGGCCUGGGACCGGUCGUAGAAAGAGGAGCUCAGGCUUACCGGGCAUCGAAUCCGGGUUUGAAUGGGACAGCUCCAAUGUUUGAAACUCAAACGGAAACCACACCGUGGUAGUUCUUUUUCCUUUUUCAUUUAUUCUGCAGGAAAACACCUAGACGGGACGAUUUUUUCAUCUCACCUCUUGCCUCUUCCACGCCCUGCUGUAUGUAGCCGCUGCACUAACUGCUCGAUUUGCUACCCCACUUGCUGUCACUCAGAGCCAUAAUAGUGCCGCGAAACAAUUGCGAGCAUUUAUAGAGAGGUUCGUUAAUGCUAUAACUUAUUCCUCAAAUUAUACUAAGAGUAAAGAAGAGCUCUGGUUCAGUUUCUAUUUAUUCAGGCCGGGAAACAUGUUCCAUUUGUAUGGAAACGUAAACCUGCCGCAUUUAUGUUAUUUUGCUGAUUGAAACAGCUAUAUAGAGAUUUGUCUUAUUGAUGAAUCUUGGGCAGAUAUUUCAAGUUGCCUAAGUUCACUGUCUUUAAAUUAUUAUUAUACCGAUUCUUGGGAAGAUAAUAUUGUACAGUUGUGUUAUUUAAAUUUACUCAAUUCUGGUUCUUUCUUUUAACUUCCAGAUAGAACCGUUCUGACUGUCGUUUUUUUGUAUAUUAUGAACACAACACUUCAAAUGUAAAUAUUAAACACGAAUAAAAUACUCUAAGAACUCCAACAUUUGUCUCGUUGUCACUGCCUGUUACACCAGCUUAAAGGAACACGUUGCCUUGGAUCGGUCGAGUUGGUCUUUGAAAAUCGUUUGUAACCGUUUGUUAU